AUGCCGCUGCCCAUGAUAUUAAUCUCAACAAAAAGUAACACUCUAAGAUUGCACGUCUGCUGCACUCAUGCAGUUUGUGAUGGACGGACCAUUGAAGGGUUGUAUCGCAUAGUGGCGCACGUGUUUGAUAAUAGUGUGAAUCUUCCAGUUAACACGGCACUUCCCUCUUUUCACUAUCAAGAGCUUUUUGCAGGCAUUUCAGAUGAUACAUUGAAUCGCCCAUUUUCACGUUGGAAGACUAACCCGACAGGUCCUCGCAUUCUUCCAGACGACAAAAACGUUUUUUACUCAUUUGCAGCGGAUUAUACGAAAUACACGUUUCAUGAAAUACAGUCGUUUUGCUCUCAAAUGGGUGUUGGAGUGAACAGUGUCUUAAUGUGCGCAUAUCAGAGGGCGUAUAGAAAAUACUACAAACUGUCUGACGACGUCGUGUUGAUCGCACAAGUACCAUCGGACACAAGGAGGUCGUCGUAUGCGUCUGACACACUCAAAACGAGAGAGCUCUUCUGUGCUUCUGCGCCUGUCCGCCCACUCGUUACUUCACAAAAAAAUCUGUUCGACGAGAUUUUGGAGUGCAACAAAAGACUGAAAGAAAUUUUGUCAACUGAAGAAAAUUGCGUGUUCAUGAGGUACUCUGCUGAUACUAUUGACGAAAAGAAUGGAAGUUUGAAGGAAAAUGAAAUCAAUUUUUCGAUCAAUUUGCCUAUGAUCGGGAUGUCAAAUAUUGGGCAAUUUAAAUACACAAAAAACGCUCGAGUUAUGUUAACAGCUAAUUACCAUAUAUUGGUACCACCAUGCGUUUACUCGUAUAAUGAGGGUAAUGUACUCAAUUUAUACUUUAUGAGGUCAGACCCUAUGCCCAAGGAGUUGUUACAAACAGUGUUUGAUACAUUUGACGAUGUCUUUGGGCAAAUUGGAGCAACAAGAAUUUGA